UUUCAAUAAUAUUAAAACAGAAAACCAAGUUAAAGAACGCAAAAAAUACGAACCCAAAGAAUAUUCAGUAAUAGGGGAGAUUGAGGACAUUAAAGAGAAAAGAACCUACCCCGACGACCGCAAAGAAUAUAAACCCCGCGACCCGUAUUUUUACCAAGUAUUCUUAAAGAACCAAAACCCCGCUCAAUACCGCGUUAUUAGUGUUUGGAAAAGUAGUUUAGAAGGGGAUAAAGAAUGA